AUGCAAAGGCUCAAUCAAAGUCUAUCCAGCUUGUCGCUGGAUCGGGACUCACCCUCACCAAUCGGAGUUACAAGAAAGAACAAGAGACCCAAUCGAGCUUUUCACUCUUUUGCAACUGAUAGCUAUGGUUUGCCAGACCCGCAAGCUAGUGCGCAAAACAAUUUCCAGCCGUUAGCUGCUAGCAACUUGGGAAAUAUCAGUGGGAAUCAGGCCUCAAAUUUUAGAGUACCUUUUCCAUCCCCCAGCCAGCGUGUCUCUUCUGGUGGACCUGCUGAAUCAAUUACCUCACAUUAUGUGCCAAAACAAAGGCUUGAAGAUCAGCAGCGCUAUUUGACGAGGUCGUUUGUAACCUCUCAGGACUCUGUCCCGCCAUGUGUAUCUACGCAAUAUUAUUGCAUAGAUCAAGGUAUUAGUGAUCCUCGCAAGCUAUGCCUGACAAUGUACAAUGUCCCCCGAAAUGAACAGUUAAGGUCAGCUACGAAGUUGCCUGUUGGGGCUAUCAUACAACCUUUUGCUGCUUCCGUUCCAGAUACAGCAAUUGAUAUUAUUGACGCCUCGCAACGCAAUGGUCCGCUUCGUUGUAGGCGUUGCAGGUCAUACUCCAACCCAAAUUACUCAUUUACUUUUGAUUCGAAAGCGGUGUGCAAUUUUUGCCAGGUAAGUACCCAGUUAAGUGAGGAACACUAUGCUCCGCUCAAUCCAAAUGGGCUAAGAGCAGACAUCAAUGAGCGGCCCGACCUUACGAAAGGGACGGUCGAGUUUCUUGUCCCUGACACUUACAACACAGUCCCGGGCAAACCAAACAUUCCACUUCACUAUGUUUUUCUAGUUGACAUUUCAACGCUCUCAAAUGAAAAUAAGAGCUCGCUGGCUAUGGUUGAAGGUAUAAGAACUUGUAUUGAGCAUAUUUCUGCGAAACAACCCAAUUGCAAGGUUGCUAUUAUGGCAUUUGACAAAGAAAUUAGAUUUUUCAACUUGAGACCUGAACUUAAUCAAGCACAGGAAUAUAUUAUAAGCGAUUUACAAGAUGUUUUUGUUCCAAUUUUCACUGGUUUGUUUGUUAGGCCCGAGGAGUCUAUGCAUGUCAUACAAGAUACCCUCUGCAAGAUCACAGCCUACAUUGAGGACGGAAAAUUCUCGCACCAUUUUGAAGCAUGUUAUGGCUCUGCCUUAAAGGCAGCACGUCUGGCGCUUGACACCGUUACUGGUGGUGCCGGUGGUAAAAUUCUAGCUAGUCUCAGCUCUAAGCCAACACACGGAAUCGGUAACUUAAGACUGAGGAACGAGGACGCUUUGAAAAAGACUUUGAAAUGUGAAAAUGAGGCAUACGUCAAACUUGGGCAGGAAUUGCUGAAGAACAACAUAUCAUUGGACCUGUUUUGUACAGGGUCGGCAUUCAUGGAUAUGGUUUCUGUUGCACAACCUGUCAAGGUGACCUCCGGCAUUUUGAAGUAUUACCCCGGGUUUCAACUGGACAAAGACGAGUUUACAUUUGUCAAUGAUUUAUUGCACAGCGUUGCGAAUACUGUUGGUUAUGCUGGCCAGCUUAAGGUCAGAUGCUCUUCGGGCCUUUCUGUUUAUAACUACUACUCCGAGUCCGUUGAAAAUUCAGAUCGCGAGCCUGUGAUUCCUGUUUUGCACCAAGAUACAACAGUCAACGUUCUUUUCAAAUAUGACGGGCGGUUACCGCCAGCAAAGGACGUGCACUUCCAGUGCGCUUUGUUGUACACUGACUUGAACGGCGCCAGAAAAGUGCGCUGCCUCAAUGCUUCCGCAGCUGUCAGCGACAAUAUUCACGAAAUAUUCAAGUUCAUCAACCAGGAUGCGGUGGUAGGCAUAGUGUUGCACGACAUGCUAACAACGCUUGAUGACUGCAACUUUGUUCAAAAAAGGAAAACCAUUGAUGACAAGAUCGUUGAUGUACUUACUCAAUACCGUGCUUUGGUUUCAAAAUCAUCUUCUAGUCAGCUGGUGCUGCCUGACUCUCUAAAGACGUGGGCAGCAUACUUGCUAUCUUUUGAAAAAUCAGAGCUGAUGAAGAACAACAACAAAUCAGCCAACGGAAAUUCCAGAGUUUACGAUAUGUUCAAAUACUUGAACUUCACCCCCGCGCAGCUCGUAUUCAAACUAUACCCGCAAAUUCUGCCGCUCCAUGAGUUGCUUCAAGAAUCUGACUAUACCUUCUACGACGAGAAUGAGCUACUGCUGCAAGCAGCUCCUCUUGAGAACUUAUGUGUCCGUGCUUCCCGCAGCGAGCUGGUCGAUGGAGGGUGCUAUCUGAUUUUUGAUGGCACUACUGCGUAUCUGUGGUUUAACGAAAACACAAACACAUAUUUGCUACGCGAUCUUCUUGAUGUCGACACUGAUUCUGUGAAGCACAGCGAGAUCGCUUUGAUUGGCAAUGCGAUUCCCACCCUUGACUCCGGCAUCAACCUUAAAGCGCGCAGCGUCCUGAGAAAUUGGGCCCAAGUUUCAGGACGCAGUUAUGUUCCUGUCUCUCCGCUGAGACCACACGUUGAUGUCUACUAUUCUCACACAAUGGCAGCGCUUCUUGUUGAGGACAGAUCGAUAGAGAUGAUCGAAGCGUACGACGCCUACCUAGUGUCGCUGCACAAGCGCAUAAAUGAGAAGGUCAAGCGAGAAGACUACACCAAGGUCGGCAACCCGAAAGAUCAUGAGCAUAUUACGCAGAAGUUUAUUCAGUUUUAG